AUGGGCAAAAGCGGAAAGAGUGAAGGCACAUCAAAACAGACAUGGGAGACGUCUGCCCUUGGUCGGGAAGACGAGGCAGCGCUUAAAAUAUACAGAUGGACAAGCAGCGAAGGAGUUCAACGUCGUGGACGAGAUGAACUGCCUCCGUGGUCGCUUCCAAAGCCGAUGCCGAUUCUGGAAGGAGUUCCUCAGAUUUGUGUAUCGAAAUGUCAUUGCAGUGCAUCUAUAGUUGCCGGAGAUUCGAUCAGUACUCUAGAUCAGCCGGCGGCAGCCCAUUGUGGGUACGACUGCAUGCUGAGGGAGCGUAGUUGUUUAUCGCGAUUCGGCCGAGGUGUGCGGGAGUAG